GAUUAAUACCUGACAUUGUCUUCAAUCCUCACGGUUUUCCAUCACGUAUGACAAUCGCCAUGAUGAUUGAAGUGAUGGCCGGCAAAUCUGCGGCUCUUCACGGUCUGGUUCAUGAUGCGUCCCCCUUCAAGUUCUCUGAAGAGGACACUGCUAUCGAUUACUUUGGAAGACUGUUAGAGAUUGGUGGUUACAAUUAUUAUGGCACAGAGACCAUGUAUUCCGGCAUUGAUGGGCGGGAGAUGACGUCCCAGAUUUUUUUUGGAAUUGUUCACUAUCAAAGACUCAGGCACAUGGUGUCCGAUAAAUGGCAGGUACGUACAACAGGACCUAUAGACGUGGCAACGAGACAACCUGUGGGAGGAAGAAGGAGGGGCGGAGGAGUACGUUUUGGCGAGAUGGAACGUGAUUCCCUUAUCAGUCAUGGAGCUUCGUUCCUUCUGCAAGACAGGCUGUUCCACUGCUCUGACAAAUCGUUUUAUAUUGAAUAA